UCCCCGUGGCGCGCUCUUAAAGCGAAGCGGUCGCCAUGGAGCUGGUAGGGGAGUACGUAGGGCCUGACGGGGAGCCUCGGCGACUGCGGGUGACCUGCCAGACGUCAGGUGACGCCGAUCCUUUCCAGAGUCUGUUGUCGGGCGUAACCCAGAUGAAGGAGCUAGUCGUCGAAUUCUUCGGUUCCCUGGUCCAGCCGGAAGCGCAGGGCCGGGUGGCGGCGACCCCAGACGACGCGUUGGACGGUGAUGAUGAAGAUGAUGCAGAAGAUGAAAAUAACAUUGAUAAGAGAAGUAACUCAGACGGACCAUCUGCAAAACGACCCAAACCACCAUCUUAGUAAUAGCAUUUAUGAAAUUCAAAAGACUUCUAUUGAGCUGGGCCAAGUAGAAUGCAUUGCCUGUAUUCUCAGCUAUUCAGGAGGCUGAGGCAGGAAGAUUGAAAAUUCAAGGCCAUCCUGAGCUAUGUAGCAAGACAUUGCCUCAAAAAAAAAAAAGACUACUACUACAUCUUACAUCCUAUUCACACUGAUAUUUAAGGGAGCUUUGCGCUGUAGUUUGGGAAAACAUGUAUUUUGCUCUCUUGGAACAAGUUUAUCAGAAGAAAAAUUUUGUUUUUUACCAGAGGAAGAUAAAUGUUUGGGACUAUAGUCUGUUGUCUUGAGUGAGAAAUUUCAGGCUGUAGAAAUAACAGAAUACUUCAUGAUGUAUGAAAUCUUCCAAAUUGGCUACUGAAUUUUUAUCAUUGUGUUAUUUUUUUAAAUACUAUAUUAAAGUGUGUGAUAU